AUGUAUUUAAAAUGUGUGCAAGAACACAAAGGAUGUCUGUUGUUGGUUUGCUCUGACUAUGGAACUGAAAAUGGCAUUAUCGCUGGGAUGCAGUGCUUCCUUCAUUCUGACAAUGCACCAUUUUUUGGGGAGCUUGCUCACAGGUAUGGAAGUCCCACUAGAAAUCAGAGUGGAAAACUAGCAGUCUCAUUUCAGGAAGUCAAUGGCAAGUUGGUGGAUCAACCUUUUUUUAAAGAUUUGGUUGACAGUGGAAAAGUGGAUCUUGAAAAGAAAUACAUAAUAAAUGUCUAUGGUUUUGUUUCAGUGGUGUCCUGGAAAGUGCUUUAA